GGGGCUCGGGCGGGGGCAUCCGCGCCGGUCUCCCCGCGCUUUCGCGCUCCCGCUUCGCGUGCGGCGGCUCGAGCCGGGGAGGGAGCGAGGGAAGGGGUGGAGGUGGCGGGGGGGAGGCCGAGGGGCGGAUCCUGCCUGGGGGCUGAUCCCUCCCUCCCCUCGGCCGGGCUCCGUGGCGGCGGCGGCGGCGGUGGCGGCGGUGGCUCCAUUCCCCCUCCUCCCCCGGGAGCGGCGGCCGGGCCGGGGGAGACGGAGCGGAGGGAGGGCCGGAGCGGGAGGAGGCCGCGCACGGAGCUGCUCGCUGGCUCGCCCGCCCGCCCGCCCGCGCUCAGGGGGCCCCCCGAAGCGAGGGGCCCGGCCGGCGGCAGAGGCUUGUCUUCGCCGUUUCCAUUUGCCAUGAGGAAGCCUCGCCGGAAGUCACGGCAGAAUGCCGAGGGCCGGCGAUCCCCGUCCCCAUACAGUCUUAAGUGCUCACCCACCCGAGAGACCCUGACUUACGCCCAAGCCCAGAGGAUUGUGGAGGUCGACAUCGAUGGCCGCCUCCAUCGGAUCAGCAUUUACGACCCGCUCAAGAUCAUCACUGAAGACGAGCUGACCGCUCAGGAUAUCAUCGAAUGCAACAGCAACAAGGAGAACAGUGAGCAGCCCCAGUUCCCCGCCAAGUCCAAGAAACCGGCAUCGAAGGGCAAGAAGAAGGAGUCCUGCUCCAAGCAUGCGCCCGGGACCUCCUUCCACCUCCCCCAGCCCAGCUUCCGGGUGGUGGAUCCGGGUAGCCAGCCGGAAGCGCCCCCAUUGCCUGCUGCUUACUACCGCUUCAUCGAGAAGCCUCCGGAAGACCUGGACGCCGAGGUGGAGUACGACAUGGACGAGGAGGACAUUGCCUGGCUAGACAUGAUAAACGAGAAGCGCCGAGCAGACGGGCACAGCUCGGUGUCAGCAGACGCCUUCGAGCUGCUGGUGGACCGGCUAGAGAAGGAGUCGUACCUGGAGAGCCGCAGCAGUGGGGCCCAGCAGUCCCUCAUCGACGAGGACGCCUUCUGCUGCGUGUGCCUGGACGACGAGUGUCACAACAGCAACGUCAUCCUGUUUUGUGACAUCUGCAACUUAGCUGUGCACCAGGAGUGCUACGGUGUCCCCUAUAUCCCAGAGGGCCAGUGGCUGUGUCGCUGCUGCUUGCAGUCUCCCUCUCGGCCCGUGGACUGCGUCCUGUGCCCCAAUAAAGGUGGGGCCUUCAAACAGACCAGCGAUGGCCACUGGGCCCAUGUAGUCUGCGCCAUCUGGAUCCCCGAAGUCUGCUUCGCGAAUACCGUGUUCCUGGAGCCUAUUGAGGGCAUCGACAACAUUCCACCCGCCCGCUGGAAGCUAACCUGCUACAUCUGCAAGCAGAAAGGGCUGGGCGCAGCCAUCCAGUGCCAUAAAGUGAACUGCUACACCGCCUUCCACGUGACGUGCGCACAGCGGGCCGGGCUCUUCAUGAAGAUUGAGCCCAUGAGAGAAACCAGCCUGAACGGCACCAUCUUCACGGUGCGCAAGACUGCCUACUGCGAGGCCCACUCUCCAAGCGCGGGCCCUGCCAGGAGAAAGGGCGACUCCCCAAGGAGCCUGAGCGAGACCGGGGACGAGGAUGGGCCGAAAGAGGGCGGAGGGGAGGAGGAGCAGGAAGAGGCUGAGGAGGAGGGCCAGGAAGGCCAAGGAGGGGUGGGCAGCCCCCUCAAGGGGGUGUCCAAGAAGGGUAAGAUGAGUGGAAAGAAGAUCAAGAAGGAGCCAGAGGAGGCUGGCCGAGAGACACCCUCCGUCUCUGUCCCCAUGGUCACGGUCCCACAGAUACCGUCUUACAGGUUGAACAAGAUCUGUAGUGGUCUCUCCUUUCAGAGGAAAAACCAGUUCAUGCAGCGGCUUCACAGCUACUGGCUACUGAAGCGGCAGGCCCGGAAUGGCGUGCCCCUCAUCAGGCGCCUGCACUCCCACUUACAGUCCCAGAGAAACGCUGAGCAGCGGGAGCAGGACGAGAAGACAAGUGCGGUGAAGGAAGAGCUGAAAUACUGGCAGAAACUCCGCCAUGACCUGGAGCGAGCGCGGCUGCUGAUCGAGCUCAUCCGCAAAAGGGAGAAGCUCAAGAGAGAGCAGGUCAAAGUGCAGCAGGCUGCCAUGGAGCUGGAGUUGAUGCCGUUCACCGUCCUGCUGAGGACAACUCUGGACCUGCUGCAGGAGAAGGACUCUGCACACAUCUUUGCUGAACCUGUCAGCCUGAGUGAGGUUCCAGAUUACCUGGAAUUCAUAUCCAAGCCAAUGGAUUUUUCUACUAUGAGGCGGAAGCUGGAAUCUCACCUGUACCACACCUUGGAGGAGUUUGAGGAGGACUUUAACCUUAUAGUUACCAACUGCAUGAAGUAUAAUGCUAAAGACACAAUUUUCCACCGAGCAGCUGUCCGCCUGCGGGACCUGGGAGGGGCCAUCCUGCGGCACGCCCGGCGGCAGGCAGAGAACAUCGGCUAUGAUCCUGAGAGGGGCACCCACUUGCCCGAGUCACCCAGACUGGAGGACUUUUACCGAUUCUCCUGGGAGGAUGUGGACAACAUCCUCAUCCCAGAGAACCGGGCCCACCUGUCCCUAGAGGCACAGCUGAAGGAACUGCUGGAGAAACUGGAUCUGGUGAACACGAUGCGGUCCAGUGGGGCCCGUACCCGUCGCGUCCGCAUGCUGCGCAGGGAGAUCAAUGCCCUUCGGCAAAAGCUAGCACAGCCACCGCCACCACAGCUCCUGUCACUGAACAAGACUGUGCCUAACGGGGAGCUGCCAGCAGGAUCUCGGGGGGAUGCAGCUGUGCCAGAGCAGGCUCUCCAAGAGGAGCCAGAAGAUGAAGGGGACAGAGAUGAUUCAAAAUUGCCUGCCCCACCAACCUUGGAGCCCACCGGGCCUGCGCCCUCCUUGUCAGAACAGGAAUCCCCUCCAGACCCCCCGACCCUGAAACCCAUCAGCGACAGCAAACCUUCAAGCCGGUUUCUAAAGUCCCAAAAGAUGGAGGAGGAUGAAGAGCUCUUAGAAAAAUCAGCCCUGCAGCUGGGGAGCGAGCCCUUGCAAUGCUUGCUAAGUGACAGUGACGUUGACAGACUGUCCCUCAUAAACCCUGACAGCCGUCCCGGCACCCCUCUCGACAACGUGGGCCGCCGCACAUCUGUCCUCUUCAAGAAGGCCAAAAAUGGAGUUAAGCUACAGAGGGGUCCCGAUGGGACCCUGGAGAAUGGCGAGGACCAUGGCCCAGAGGACGCUCCCGCUUCUCCGAACAGCACGGAGGAUGAACACUAUUCCCGGAAGCGGCCAAGGAGCCGGAGCUGCAGUGACAGCGAAGGGGAGAGAUCCCCUCGGCAGGAGGAAGAGCCAGGAGUGACUAACGGCUUUGGAAAACACACGGAAAGCGGGUCUGACUCGGAAUGUAGUUUGGGUCUCAGUGGAGGACUGGCGUUUGAAGCUGGCAGUGGCCUGACGCCUCCCAAACGCAGCCGUGGGAAGCCAGCCCUGUCUCGUGUGCCCUUCCUGGAAGGUGUGAAUGGAGACUCUGACCACAGUGGCUCAGGCAGAAGCCUCCUGAUGCCCUUUGAAGACCGCGGAGACCUGGAGCCCCUGGAGCUGGUGUGGGCCAAGUGCCGAGGCUACCCCUCCUACCCUGCCUUGAUCAUCGAUCCCAAGAUGCCCCGGGAGGGCCUCCUGCACAACGGUGUCCCCAUCCCUGUUCCUCCACUGGACGUGCUGAAGCUGGGCGAGCAGAAGCAGGCAGAGGCUGGAGAGAGGCUCUUUCUUGUCCUCUUCUUUGACAACAAGAGGACUUGGCAGUGGCUUCCCAGGGACAAAGUCCUGCCCCUGGGUGUGGAGGACACGGUGGACAAACUCAAGAUGCUAGAAGGCCGCAAGACUAGCAUCCGGAAGUCGGUACAAGUGGCCUAUGACCGCGCUAUGAUCCACCUGAGCCGAGUACGUGGGUCCCACUCCUUCGUCACUUCCAGCUACCUGUAAGAGCGGAGCUGGGCCUCUGUCUGCCGUCUCUGCCUUUCCUCUGUCCCCGAGGCAUGAGGGACAUCCCUGAGCCCCUUCUGCCCCUGCCACACGUAUGGCCGGCAGCUUCUUUCUAAUGGCAGGCCCUGACUGGACCGAGUUUCCAAGGGCAAGGCCCAAUAUUUGACCAAUCAUGUGGUUCCCCUGGAGGGCCGCUGUGUGCCAAAAGCUCCCACCCGAGGUCCCUGGGGAUAUUCCACAGAAGAACCACUUAGAAGUAGAAACAGCUGAGCAUCUUAGCCAGCUGGGGAGAUAGACCUGGCCCACAAGGCAGGGGGGCCUAGGAUGCUUUUCUGGGGCCAGCUGGCUCCCUCCAUGCCUCUCCCACCUAACCAUACCUCAGGGCAGGCAAGGUUCUGACACUGAUCCCAGAGAUGUGCCAGGGUCCCUCGGGAAC